AUGAACGCGAUCUUCUCCAUGGCCUCUGCUACCCCUCCGCCGACGACCCCUUCCAAUACAGUAAGCAACCGACCAUCGCCAUCCACUCUCUAACCUCCCCUCUCUCUCUCUCUCUCUCUUUCUGGGCAGGUGGGGAUCAAGCGACCGCUGCCAUCCUCUCUCUAAUCCAUCACCGUAUUCUCUCUCUAUCUCUCUCGCCGGCCCACUUGUUGUUUCUCUCUCUCUGUCUCUCCCUCUCUCCGGCUGAAAUCCCCCCUUCCUCUCUCUCAUUCUCUCUCUUGUGGUGGGCAGGUGAAGGUGGUGAUCAAGGGGAGGGUACAGGGGGUGUUCUUCAGGAACUGGACGGUGCAGAACGCGCGAGAGCUCGGUCUCAACGGGUGGGUUCGCAAUCGGCGUGACGGCUCGGUGGAGGCCGUCUUCUCCGGCGAGCCCGCGAAGGUCCAGGAGAUGGUGGACCGCCGCUGCCGGGUCGGCCCCCCCGCCGCCGUCGUCACCGCCCUCCACAAGACCGCCGCCGCCGCCGGCGAAGAAACCGCCGCCGGCGAGGGCUUCCACUGCCGGCCCACCGCCUGA